UCCUAUCGUUGGCAAACAUGAGGUUAAAGUGUAUGAAUUUGUUUUUCAUAGCCGUACUUUUCGUACAAUCUGGCUCGGCUCACAAACUUUUUAAGAGACAGACCACAGGUUGCUCCAUCAAUCUGGAGACGGACCUGCCCUUGUACCAACCGUUGAUGCUGAAGCAAGGCGCGACCACCAAAGACCUGUACUCGUUCCUUUUGCCCGACCUGCAGGGCAACCUGGUCCUGGCGGCGAACGCGCCCCUGCGCGUGGCGUGCGCCGGCAAGAGCAACGUGAUCGCCAAGCUCGGCGUGGCGGACGCGGGCGCGACCUGCGCCGGCACCAAGAGCCUCAAGAUGAGCACGGGCACCACCCUGAACUCGAUCGACCUGAACUGCACAGGCUUCGUGGCGCACUCGGCCGUCAAGAGCACGACGGAAAAGUGCGAGAUCGCCGGCGACUACGUCGUGAUCAACAUCGGCUUCCAACUGGCCGACGGUUUUUACCCCAUCAUCAAAAUUUGCUUCGACGAGAAAAAUCGGGACGCGAUUUACUCCAAGUAUUUGGAGACGCCGUCCAUCGCCGGACAGAACGUUGCCGAGCAAAGACCGGCCUUUGUCGAGGGCAGCUUUUACCCUGAGUUCACCGUCGACACCAAAUAUUCCAAGACAACACAAAAAACUACCUUUGGCCAAAUUUUGGGCUCUGCAACCCUUGGUACAAAUUACAUCAAAGACAUCGAUUACUACCUGGCGCGGGGACAUUUGGCUGCCAGGUCGGACUUCAUUUACGCCACCCAACAAAGGGCAACCUUCUGGUACAUCAACACAGCCCCCCAGUGGCAGACCUUCAACGGCGGAAACUGGAACACCCUCGAAGACAAUUUGAGAAACUUUGUGGUCCGAUACGGCCGCGAAAUCACGAUGUACGUGGGCACGCACGGCUUGGCCACCCUGCCGGACACCAACGGCCAGCAGAAGGGGCUGUACCUGCACUUUGACCCGACCGGCGCCACCACCCCGAAGAUCAAAGUGCCCGAGCUCUUCUGGAAGGUCAUGUACGACGCGUCGGCCAAGAAGGCCGUUGCCUUUGUGGGGGUGAACAACCCCUACAAGACCAGCGUCACCAAAUUGUGUACGGACGUGUGCAGUAAACUCACCUGGCUCACUUGGCAGCCGACGAACCAGAAAUUAGGGUUCGCUUACUGCUGCGAGCUCAACGACCUCAGGAAAAACGUUCCCUCCAUCCCUGCUCUUGACGCGACCGCUCUACUUGUCUAA